AGUUCUAUUGUCCCCCUUUCUUUAUUUCUGACCAUCGAGCGUGGAUCGUUUGAGAGGUAUUCACAUAUUCACAUAUUAUUGGAUUAUAUUGGAUUAUAUUGGUGACAAGUUUUUGUUACUCGCUCAAAAAGACAUAACCGUCACAACAAGUCACAGUUUAAGCGUUCCUUCCCUGAAUCACUGGAUUCUGUUACAAUACAAUAGAGGCACACUCAAGCACACUUCGUUCCUACCUUCGUUAAAUCAUACAUAACUCUAACAAACCAAGAUUUCCCCAAAGGAAACCACCAGGUACAACGGUACAACGGUACAACAUUUAGUCUAAGACAGACAUUUAAAAAGAAAAAAUAAAAAAUAAAAAAGUACAAAAUGUUACGCAAAACUCUCACCUCACUCCUCACUCUUGGUAUGGCUUCAGCAAUGCCAUCACCACUUAACGCCCGCCAGGACUCCACACCCCCGGAGCCGCGCAAACUUAUGAUCGGCGCUCCCUAUCAAAUCUUAGCUGCCAACUUCACCGGUACUGAGUUCACCAUAACUGCAAAUCAUACUGCCGUCGGUUCCGCCCCCAGCUGGUUGCUAUUCAGGAAACCUGGGUUCUUGUAUGCCGUUGACGAAAAUGGCAAUGAUACGAGUCUUUUCAGUUUGGAAAUACGCAACCACCAGCCUGACCUGACCUCCUCCGUUAAGGGCUCUUCUGGCGUCGUCUUCUUGGAGUUUAACGCCGAUCAGACCCGAAUGAUUGGCGCUGGCUACGGUAGCGGCAAGAUCGAUAUUUGGGAUACUGAGGAAGCUUCCAAGAACUUGGCGUACAUAAAAAGUAUCGACAUCCCAGGUACACCUAACCCUAAACAGGGAGUACACCAUCCGCACCAAGCUCUACUGGACCCUACGGGCCGCUUCUUCGUUAUCCCCAACCUGGGCGGAGACACCGUGCUGGUCCUCGAUACCCAGGACGGCCAAUUCAAUUUCAGCGGUAAUGUGACGCUACCGCCAGGCACGGGGCCACGCCACGGUGGCUUCGUCACAGUGAACAGCGCUGAGGAUGCAUGCGCCGAGCCGCAGCAUUACUACGUACUAGCCACGGAACUUACCAGCCAGCUAUUCUUGUUCAAGCUCGCAUACAAGGAUAACUCGAUCAGCUUCACGCAGAUGCAGGUGCUGAGCACGUUUGGACACGACGCACCCCCGGCCAACGCCACCUCGGCGGCCGCAGGCGAGCUCGUAGUCGCCGCAAACCAGCGGGACGUGUACGUGUCGAACCGAAUUACCGGCAACACGACUGAUAGCAUCGCGCAUUUCGUCUUCAAGCCCAACAACGGCACCGGCGCCACCCUCGACUACGCAGAGACGAUAUCCACCGGCGGCCUGCGCCCUCGAAUGUUCAGCCUCAGCAAGGACCCAGACCAAAGCCUCGUCUUUGUCGCGAACCAGGGCGGCGAUGCCGGCCUAGCCGCGUUCAAGCGAUGCAACGUUUCUGGAACCUUGAACCCGACUCCCGUCGCGACGAUGCCGAUGAAGUCGCUUGUUGCGCCGGAGCUUGCGGCGACGGAAUUCAUGGGUCCGCAGUUCGUGAUGGAGAUUUGAUUCGAUAGUUAUAUCCUGCUCUUACUUCUGCUUCUGCGCCUACUAGUACUAGGGAUGCUCUAGUCUCGUCUUUCGAAAAAAGUAUCAGCUGUGGGCGAAGCUGCAUCGAUCAC